AUGGAGGCUUACAUGCUGAGCAUUAGCAAGUAUUCAUCUUUCACUGUUUCCUCCAUCAUUCUUUUAUUGCUUAGCAUGAAAUUUCUAGAGUAUACUACUGCUUUCACACUUGGAAAUGAGACAGAUAGAGCUUCAUUGCUGGCUUUCAAGACAGAAAUAACUGAAGAUUCUCUAGGUGCCUUGGCAUCUUGGAACAAUUCUCUCCAUAUUUGCAAGUGGGCUGGUGUUGCUUGCGGCCUCAAACACCAAAGAGUAACAAGUCUGAAUCUCCAAGGACUGAAGUUGAGUGGAACCAUCUCACCUCAUCUUGGAAAUUUGUCUUUCUACGCUCUCUUGACCUGUCUGACAACUACUUUCAAGGUGGGCAACUUAUUCAGGCUUCAAUACCUGAAUAUGAGCUUCAAUUUUCUUGGAGGGCAUAUUUCUGCAAAUUUGUCACAAUGUUCCAACCUCACGGCUCUUGUACUGGAUCACAACUACUUUGUUGGACAGAUACCAUAUGAACUUGGCUACUUAGUAAACCUCAGGCAACUCUAUCUUGGAAACAAUCUCACAGAAAGUAUUCCAGCUUCUAUUGGAAAUCUUGCAGCUCUCCGGGUGCUGUACUUGUCUUACAACCAUUUGCAGGGUGAAGUUCCAGGUUCCAUAUCUCAGCUUAGAGAUUUAGCGGCACUUGGGCUAUCAGAUAACAAUCUUUACGGUGAAUUUCCUCCUGCACUUUAUAAUAUGUCAUCUCUCAGAUUCAUUGCCCUGAUGGACAACAAAUUACAACACUUAGGAGCAGUAAAUUUCUCUUACAAUUCCCUGACUGGUUCCAUACCCCCGGAUAUUGGAGACUUGAGCAAUCUUGUUUAUGCUGAUUUUUCCUACAAUAGGUAUUCUGGUAACAUACCAAUCAGCAUGGGAAAAUUAUCGGCUGUAACAAUUCUCUACAUGCAGAAUAAUUCACUCCAAGGGACGAUACCUUAUUUUGGGGGUCCGCUAUCUCUUCAGUAUCUAGAUCUCUCCUGCAAAAACCUUUCUGGCCAAGUUCCACCUUUCUUUAUGAAUCUUUCUUCUCUGGUCUACCUUAACUUGUCAUUCAAUAAUUUAGAAGGAGGAUUCUCUUCAGAAAACUUGAUUGAUUCAGGUAGUUUUGGAACUGUAGACAAGGGAACUCUUAGUCCAGAUGAAACAGUAAUAGCUGUCAAAGUACUGCACCUCCAUCUGCCAGAUGCUUCUAAGAGCUUCAUGGCUGAAUGCCAAGCCUUGAGACAUACAAGGCACCGCAACCUUGUCAAGGUAAUAACAGCAUGUUCAAGUUCUGAUUUCCAGGGUAAUGAUUUCAAAGCUAUAGUAUAUCCCUUCAUGACAAAUGGGAGCCUAGAGGAGUGGUUACAUCCAAAAUCUGAAAGGCACCAUAAUGGCUUAAACAUUAUUCAGAGAAUCAACAUUCUCGUAGAUGUGGCUGCUGCAAUAUCUUAA